AUGUCAUCUCUGUCUAAGUCCGGAGCUAUCAAUGAUGUGGUGAUUACGGGAAUGUCGGGUCGAUUCCCGAUGUCUGACACUAUCGACGAAUUCGCCAGAAAUCUAUACGAAGGCAGGGAUUUGAUUACCGAUGACCACAACCGGUGGUCAAAAGAUUUGUUUGGUAUGAACGCGCGUAUCGGUGUUAUCGGGAGCUGCGAUCGCUUUGACGCCGCGUUCUUCGGCCAAUUGGGCGCCGAUCUGAUGGACCCACAGAUCCGUAUGCUAUUGGAAGUGGUCUACGAGGCCAUCGUCGACGCCGGUCAGUCUCCUUUGUUUUGUCAUUUAGAGCGUGUUCACCCGCAACAGCUUCGAGGUACGCAAACCGGUGUAUACGUGGGCUGGACUGGUCUGGCCGGUGCCGACGGUCUGCCCAAUGAUCUUCAGCCUGAUUUGAACCAAACGGCUCACGACGCGAUGCAACGCACGUUGGGUCACACGACCGGUAUAUUCGCUAAUAGAAUAUCAUUUGUGUACGACUUGAAGGGGCCGUCCGUCAUGUGCGACAGCGUCUGUUCGGCCAGUUUUGCCGCACUAUCGAUGGCCGUCAAUGAUAUACUAUUGGGUCACGUGGACACAGCGGUGGUGUGCGGCACAUGCAUAAACCUACAGCCAAUUCUUGCUCAAACACAACAAGUGUUAGGCGUGUGUUCGCCGCGCGGAGUGUCCGCACCGAUGGACGCCCGGGCGGACGGUUACGUGAAGGCGGACGCCGUGUGCGCUGUGCUGUUGCAGCGCCGACCGGACGCCCGGCGUAUUUACGCCUCCGUACGCGCCGUACGGCUAAAUGUUGACGGCUUUAAGACGGAGGGUAUGUACCGGCCGUCGGGCGCCGCUCAGGAGGCGCUGAUGGUCCGCACGUAUACCGACGCCGGCGUCGAUCCGAGUAAACUCUCAUACGCGGAGUUGCACUGCGCCGGCACUCAGGCGGGCGAUUUUACGGAAAUUAACGCCGUUUGCAACGCGUAUUGUAAACCGACGGCCCGUACGGAGCGGUUGCCGUUGGGGGCAGUGAAGAGCAAUAUGGGCCACGCGGAAGGGACCGCCGGUUUGGUGUCACUUAUUAAAGUGCUCAUUGCCUAUGAAAAUCAAUGCAUACCACCAAAUAUUAAUCUAAGUGAAUUAAGAAAAGAUCUAGAACCAUUGUUGUCCAUUAUUUUGCCUGUUGUAAAGCCACAUGAUUAUGACCCAGGUUUAGCGGCGGUAAAUAGUUUUGGUAUCGGGGGUGCGAACGGACACGUAUUGCUCGAACCCAACUAUAAGUUGGCCACAAGUGAUGGCCACAUUAAUGUUGCCGAUAUUAUGCCCAGAAUUGUCAACAUUUGCGGCAGAAGUGAAGAGUCCGUCAAAUAUAUAAUGGAUUUCAUUGAGAAUAAUCCCAAAAAAAUUACAAAUGAUUUUUUGGCACUUUUGGCGCAAACCAUGAAAUAUACUCCAAAUGUUAACUCAUCGGGAAUGACAUUCAGGGGUUCAAUUAUAAUAAAGAGAAUAACAAAAGAAAUAAACGGCGAAAUAAAAUAUGAAUACAAAAAACAGAUGGGAGUUAUGACUGAGAAAACCCGCAGACCUCUAUGGGUACUGUUCCCGGGUUUGGGCGGCCAGUGGUCGGCAAUGGCGAAGGCUUUGAUGCCAAUCAAGACAUUUGCCGACACUAUAGAAGAAUGUCAUCAAACGGUUCACAAGGAGUUUGGCAUUGAUUUGAAACACAUAUUACUAUCGGAGGACAAGACAGCCAUCUCUACGAUGACCGCCAAAUUUGUGGCCACAACUGCUAUAGAGAUCGCGUUGUUUGCGGUCAUCAAAGACCUGGACAUCACUCCCGACGGCAUAAUCGGGCACUCAUUCGGUGAGCUCGCCUGCGGUUUUGCCGACGGAUGCCUUGACGCGAGGGGUGCCAUGUUAUAUACGGCCCUUCGGGCCAUAAAUAGUGUGCAAAAUGUAAAUAUACCCAAAGGCCUGAUGGCAGUCGUCGGUCUGUCCAGAGCCCAGGCGCGGACUUACUGUCCAAACGGUGUAUAUAUUGCCUGUAAUAAUGGGAAGGAUAAUGUAGUCAUUACUGGUCCGAUGAAUGAAAUGCUGAAUAUAAUAAAAGAAUUGAAAGCGAAGGGCGUAUUCGUGCGGCCAUUAGAUUGCGAUGAAAUCCCAUACCAUUCGCCAUAUAUUAGCGAAUCGGCGAAAGCCAUGAAAGAGGCCAUCAAUACAUACGUACCCAACCCUAAGCUCAGGUCAGAGAAAUGGUUGUCCACAUCGGUGUUCAGGUCAGAGCUCGAAGACAAACGGCUUGCAUAUGGGGGUGGAGAGUAUUUUGAACACAAUAUGGUGAAUGAGGUCCGCUUUCACGACCAGUUACAGACACUGCCCGCCGACGCCAUUGUGCUCGAGUUGGGCCCGCACUCAGUGUUCAAACAGAUAGUGUCCGAAACUCUACCCAACAGUCUGUAUAUAUCGCUCAUUAAAAAGGACUCAAACGCCAUAAAUAUGGAUAUGUUUUUGUCCGGUAUGGCGCAACUUUACGAACUGGGCUUUAAUCUGGCCAUUGAUCGACUGUACGCACCGGUUGAGUGGCCGGUGGCCAGGAAUACGCCGUCCAUAUCAGCGCUAAUCAAAUGGGAUCACAGCGAGAGAUAUAGUGUAAAAAAUUAUCACGAUAAUUAUUGCAAAACCACCUCGUCGGACACAAUCGUUGUAAUUAAUCACAAACACGAACAAGAUGCAUUUUAUAUGGAGCACGUAAUUAACGGCCAGCCAGUAAUACCGGUCAGCGGCUAUAUUAUGAUGGCGUGGCGUAAAGUGGCCGCCAGUGUUGGCAAACUAUGGACAGAGUGUCCGGUUGUGUUUGAGAACAUAGCCCUUCGACGGGCGGUGUUUUUAUCGGACAGGGCCGACACUAAGCUCGUGGUGAAAUACUUUGCGCCGACUGGCGAAACAUACAUAUAUAAUAACGACGAACUGUGUGUCACGUGUCGGGCGACGGCCACCGACGGCGGCGAGACUGAAACGUGGCGCCAAAUGAUUGCGGACGGGCGCCCGGCGUACGCCAUAGACCGGCCAGAAAUGUACGGCGAUUUGCGGGCGUUGGGCGUCGAUAACGGGCCGGCGUUUCAACGGUUGCGUUACGUCCGGUGCGACGACACGUUUAGCCGGGCGUACGGCCGGUGCGAGUGGACGGGCAAUCCGGUGGCCUAUAUGGGCGAUCUGUUGCAGUCGGUUGGGCUGCUGUGGCCGCGGCGCGCGGGGUUUAUGCCGGUCAGCAUUGGUGUCAUGCGUUUGGACCCGCGCGCGCUGUUUGCCGCCGUAUGGGCCGAGCGUUUGACCGCCGGUUUAGCGCCAACGAUAAUGACGCCGACGCCCGGCGAAUGUCACCCGGAUAUUGUCACACAGUGUCAAAAUAAUGAGUUUAGCGAUCGUUUCGCCCAAUUCUCGGCGGACAUCCCCUUCUGUUACGACAGUCACACCCGACGGCUGGUGUCGCCCGGCGUCGAAGUGGACGACAUUACCGCACAACCGAUGCCCACACGACACGACUCUAACCUUACGCUCGAGUCUUACGAAUUCUGUCCCAACGAUGAUAUGGCGGCCAUCGAUGACACGAUGCGCGCAGAAAUGUUGCAAUAUAUUGAGGUUUGCGAGUCAAUGGCUGUUAAACUAAACCAAUCGGGUGUGAAAUGCGAUUCAAACAACACAGAUAUCACACAAAAUGCUAUACAAAAUGGCCGCCGGGCGGACACCGGCCAGCGGGUGAUGGGCGUAGCGCCAGAGGGCCGAUGCCUGGCAACCAAUGUUUACGCGCCCAUCACUCACAUGACUCCCAUUCCCGACCACUGGUCAAUGGCUGAGGCGGCGACUAUACUGAGCUCGUAUUGCACUGUAUAUUACGGUCUCAUUAAAAGAGCUCACAUUGUAAAAGGCGAGAGUGUGCUAAUACACUACGGUGGCGGUGGUGUGGGUGAGGCGGCCAUCAAUGUGUGCCAACACUACGGAUGCGAUAUAUACGCCACGGUUGGCACGGAUGAGGAGCGGCUGAAUCUGAUCGCUCGCCACAAUAUACCGGCCAAACGGAUAGUCAACGCCGACAGCGAUUGUCACUCAAAUGGGCGCCUAAUGUCUGAGACGGGCGGCCGAGGCGUACAUCUAGUGGUAAACACCCAGUGCUCGGCGUCCGACGAUGUCUUAGGCAUGGAGUGCCUGUCCAGUGGCGGCCGGUUUGUCGAGUUGUGCGGCCAAUACGGCGCUAAACUCCCGAUAGUUAUGGCGUCAGACGAUAGAGACGUACAGUACACACGAGUCGCGCCCAACACUAUAGCAAAACAGAGCGUCGAGUUUAUGGCCGACUUUUACCGAUGGAUUGACGGCCACUCGUCGGCCGACAACGGAUGCGUUCGACCGUUGAAUCACACGGCGUUCGCCGUCACAGAAGUUGUCGACGCGUUCCGAUUGAUGACUACUACUAUCGAGAAAGUGAUCGUUAAGUUCCGCGACGAAGAGUCCGAUAGGCGGCCACCCGUAAGCAUAACACCGGCGCUGGCAAUGCCGGUGACCCGCAAAACGUAUUUCAAUCCACACAAAGUGUAUAUAAUUACCGGCGGUUUGGGCGGAAUGGGUCUGGAAUUGUUGCCGUGGUUGCACUGCAAAGGCGCCCGAAAGUUUGCCAUCACUUCCCGGCGCGGACUCACCACUGAUUAUCAAAAGUUUUUCAUUAAUCGCGUAAAACGUAUUUAUAAUAAUACUAAUACUAAACCCUAUAUUGAGUGCGAUUUCAUUAUAUCGACGGCCAAUGCGUUGACUAUUGAGAGCGCAAAACAACUGCUAUCGGAGGCUCAGGAGUUGGGACCCAUUGGAGGGGUAUUUCAUUUGGCGCUCGUAUUGAACGAAAGUUUGGCCGAAAAUAUGACAAUCGAUAAGUUCGCCGAAACGGCCGACACUAAGCACCGGGUGUUUGAAAAUCUGGAUCAACUGACCCGUGGGUUAGACUAUAAAUUGGAUCACUUUGUGGUGUUUUCCUCCAUCAGCACCGGUAAGGGAAACGCCGGUCAAUGCAAUUACGGUUACGGCAACUCUGUGUGCGAGCGGCUGUGCGAACGCCGGCGUAGGGAUGGUAUGCAUGGGUUGGCCGUACAGUACGGCCCGAUCGGCGAUGUGGGCGUCUUUGAAGGCCGCCAGGAAUACGAGUCGCUGACCGCGUGUCGCAAACAGCGGGUGCUGUCGGCGGUGGACGUGUUGGACAAACUGUUGGCCACUGAUUACCCGAUCGUCACAUCGCAGAUAUUUGACGACAACCGGUGCGGCGACAGAUCGGCGACAAGAGUCGGCUCUGGCGGUCGACUAAUCGGCGAAUUGUGGUCAGUGUUGGGCGUCGACCCGAACACAACGCCCGAUGGGGUGACUAUCGGCGAGAUAGGGCUCGAGUCGAUGUUUGCCAUACAAUUGCAAAACGAGUUUAGAGACCGGCUCGACAUGAAUGUGCCGCUCGCGCACCUUAAGGGGCUAACUGUCGGCAUGUUUAAGGCGUACGCCGGCGGCGAUCCGGAGCCCAUACGCCAGUACGCUAUGGCCAGGAAAAGUGGCCACUCGUCGGCGCAGAGGCGUCGGUUAGUGGUGCCCACCGAGAGAUACGUGCGCUUAAACGCGGUGUCCGACACCACAGGGCGGGCGCCCGUAUUUUUCUUGCCCCCGUUGGCGCUCAACUUCGCCGGUGUCGCCCCACUGGCCGAGCGACUCGAGCGGCCAGUUAUCGGACUCAACUGGACCCGUGAGGUCAGCGCACUGACCACCGUAGAGGCCGUUGGCGACUAUUACAUCGCGUUAAUCGUCGAGAUUAACGGCGAAAUAAACGCCGGGCGUCUGCCGUACGACGUGUGCAGCUUUUUCGAUAUGGCGCCCGUAUGCGGACGGCUAUUAUCAUUGGCCACGGGUUUGGGCCGCGCCGUGAUUGUCGACAUUACGCCCGAUCGGCGCCUGUUUGACGCCCGCGCCGUCGCCGACGAGUUUAUGGUGGCGUUUAUGAUGAAACAGUUGGCCACAGAGUGUUCGCCGCAGGUGUUGGCCAGUAUUGAGGGUCGAGUGCGCGCCGAGCGCGAGGUGAGCGGCCAGCAGGCGAUCGUUACGGCCAGUAUGCCCGAGUUGACCCGGCAGGCAGUGGUGGCGCCCCAUAUGGGCGAGAUUUUUGGCAUAAUGUUGGCCAGGAUUGCGAUGUUUUUCGACCACAAGUCCAAUAAGAGCCGCCGCACACUGACGGACGUCGUGCGCGGGUCGGUGGCCGAGAAGUGGGCCCAAUAUAGCGGCAAAUUGAUUGAGAUUAAGCCGUUCGCCGCGGGAGCGGUGCUCGAGAUGGAGGACACGCUCGACGUUGUGCUCGGCGUUUCGCACGACGACUAUAUU